GGGAGGAAGGGACGGAGGAAGGAUGACGCUGAAAGGAGUCUUCAAGGAACAACUUCUUCAGAUCGUUUCGGUGGCUACACAGGUGGCCAUAUCUCGGCGAGUGCAGACGUACAAGCUCGCAUUGCGCGGGCGUCAAGACGAACAGGCGAACAAGAUCGACCUCGAACCAGUCAACGCCAAUGAUAUGGGGAUGGAGUGUAGACGCAUCGUAGAACGCGUUUUCGUUUGAAGUUGGCGUCUUGUUUGAGAGUAGAUGUGACAGAUUUGCGUAGAAUAGGGUAAGAUGUUAUCAUGAACGGAGAUGAAAGGGCUUUUCCAACACGGAGAUGUAGCAUGGAUCAAAGCAUUUGUUGGAUUUCAGCUUUUACAAGCGGACAUCAACGCAGUAGUAUUUUAGCAAGCUUACGAACGCAUAUAGGAUACCAUCAGGAUU